GCAACCAAUCACCCCCUAACCGCCAACACCCCUUCAACACUCGUUCUCUCACAAAAAAGCCACUCAGCAAACAAGUUUUCAGCACCCACUCUUUCAUCAUAAUGUCUGACUACGGAGGGGGCGACGAUGGAGAGAACGACUUCGCUCAAGACGCCUACGAAAAUGACUACGAAGAGAAUGACUUUGAUGCCGACCCACAGGACAUCAUCUCGGACAACGGCGAUGAGAACGGUGUGACCAACGGGAAUCACGACUACGUAGCCUCCGGUGACCCGGCCGCGGCGGCGGCAGCAGCUUCUAGCGCGGCGCGCGGUGGAAAAGAUCCAAAGCGUAUUCCCGACGACAAGCGUACCACCACUCCAUACCUGACCAAGUAUGAACGCGCUAGGGUGCUUGGGACCCGGGCGCUGCAGAUCAGUAUGAAUGCGCCGGUACUUGUGGAUACCGGUGGUGAGACGGACCCGCUGCUGAUCGCUCUCAAGGAGCUACAGGAGAAGAAGAUUCCACUGGUUGUUAGGAGAUACUUGCCGGAUGGAUAUUAUGAGGAUUGGACUUGUGAUGAGUUGCUCUAAAUUCCCGGCUAUGGUGGAUGUGGUAGUGAUACCUUGAUUGGAUGGAUGUGGGUGUGGGUAUGAUAGUUGUCAUGAAGCCUUCGUCCUUUCCCCAACCACCAAAUAAAAAAAAUAAAAAAAAUAAAAAUUCUCAUUCACUGCUCGUGGGAGCAGGAAACUAGGGAUCGGAGUUACAAAGGCAGGGUCUAGUUUUUAGUUUGUUUUGUUUCCUUCACAAGUUUUAAUAUUUUAUCCGUUUGACAUCAAUAUUCUCCGGUUUGCGAUUUGUUCUUUGACAAUCGAAUACCGGUAACCUUCUACAUUAGAUGGGAUAGCACCAAAAAAAAAAAAAACUCUCCCUGACUUGCAUUUGCUCCCUAUUGUAUAUUAGCCACAACUGAAUUGAGCCUUUUUUUAAUUUUUGUUA